AUGGUAAUGCAUGAAGGUCAGCAGAGCAUCAGCGGUGACCGACCGGCCAUGUUUAACCAGGCAGCAGCUUCCAGACCCCGACCCCUUCCUUAUCUGCUCCUCUCUCCUCUUCCACAGGAGUGGCUGAGUCGGUUCGGUUACCUGCCCCCGCCAGACCCCGUGACAGGGCAGCUGCAGACCCAGGAGGAGUUGGCCAAGGCCAUUGCAGCUAUGCAACGAUUUGGGGGCCUGGAGGCCACCGGUGUCCUCGAUGAGGCCACCCUACAGCUGAUGAAGACACCGCGUUGCUCACUGCCAGACCUGGCUAUACCUGGGGCCCGAAGAAAGCGGAACACCCCCGCCCUAACCAAAUGGAACAAGCGAAAUCUGUCCUGGAGGGUCCGCACUUUCCCACGGGAUUCCUCACUGGGCCGGGACACAGUCCGGGCACUCAUGUACUACGCCCUAAAGGUGUGGAGUGACAUUACACCGCUCAACUUCCAUGAGGUAGCAGGUAGCAACGCUGACAUCCAGAUCGACUUCCCCAAGGCAGAUCACAACGAUGGCUACCCCUUUGAUGGCCCUGGGGGCACUGUAGCCCAUGCUUUCUUUCCUGGAGACCAGCACACCGCUGGAGACACCCAUUUUGAUGAUGAUGAGGCCUGGACUUUCCGAUCCUCAGAUGCUCAUGGGACGGAUCUCUUUGCUGUGGCUGUCCACGAGUUUGGACACGCCAUUGGGCUCACCCACAUCUCAGCCAUACAGUCCAUCAUGAGACCCUAUUAUCAGGGUCCCGUGGGCGACCCCCUGAAAUAUGACCUGCCCUAUGAGGACAAAGUCCGCAUCUGGCAACUGUACGGGGUCCGGGAAUCGGUCUCCCCCACAGCCAAGCCAGAAGCUACUGAGACCGAGGAUCACCCCUUUCUCCCGGAGCUCCCAGACAAUCGCACCACUGUACCGCCAAGGAAGGACAUACCCCAUCGGUGCAAUGCUAACUUUGAUGCUGUGGCCCAGAUUCGAGGGGAAGCCUUCUUCUUCAAAGGCAAGUAUUUCUGGAGGCUGACCCGGGACAGGCACCUGGUUUCCCUACAGCCUGCCCAGAUCCACCGCUUCUGGAGGGGUCUCCCACUCCACCUGGACAGUGUGGAUGCUGUCUAUGAGAGGACCACUGACCACAAGAUUGUCUUCUUUAAAGGAGACAGAUACUGGGUCUUUAAAGACAAUAACGUUGAGGAAGGAUACCCUCGGCCUAUCUCCGACUUCAGCCUCCCGCCAGGUGGCAUCGAUGCUGCCUUCUCCUGGGCCCACAAUGACAAGACUUAUUUCUUUAAGGACCAUCUGUACUGGCGCUAUGAUGACCAUGCUCGGAGGAUGGACCCCGGGUACCCCGCAGAGAGCCCUCUGUGGAGGGGGAUCCCCAGCAUCCUGGAUGAUGCCAUGCGCUGGUCUGAUGGGGCCUCGUAUUUCUUCAGGGGCAAAGACUACUGGAAAGUACUGGACAGUGAGCUGGAGGCCGCACCUGGCUACCCACAGUCCACUGCCAAGGACUGGUUGGUGUGUAGUGACAUGCAAGCUGAUGGCCCUGAGAAUGAAGUCAGAGCCGAGGGAGCCAGGACUGGGGCCCGCUCGAGGCCUGGCCAGCAUGACGAGAGCCGCUCAGACAGUGGUUACGAGGUCUGCUCCUGCACAUCCAAUGCUUCCUCUUUGGGGCACAUCUCCAAGCUGCUUGUGGCCCAGCUGGCACUGGCCAGCCUCUGGACAGCAGCCCUGAUGGCCACAGUGCUAUGACACCACUGAUGAUGGGCUGGAAGAGGGAAGAGCUGGGGUUGCCCCCCCAGGGACCUCACAGCCAACACCAAGGGCAGGGAUCCCCCCCUCCCAGGGCUGGUGAGAUAUUCUCCAGGAGAAAAUGGCGCAGUUUGGAGUUGUAAUCAACUCUUUUCUUUUAAUUCAGCCUUGAAGAUAAGGAUGAGGCCUCUAUCAGCCCAUGGUCCAAAGCUCUUCCAUCCUGGCCUCACAGAAACUGGGGGCCCCUGGAACAGGUGGAAGUGGGGGAGGGUGGGAAGCAGCAAGCAACACAGUUGUCUUCUACCUUACUAGAGAAGCUGGUCAGACUCUGGCCAGGCAGUCAGUAAAAUCUUCAAGGCUGUUGGACAGGAAGAGGCACAGGGUGAGGCCCCUAACUCACUCUUCCAAGCCCCAGGGCCUAAGAAGAUGCCUCUACAAGGAAAACCAAUCUCACUUGACAGCCUUUGCCCUGUAACCCUAUAUCUGAAGCAAAGGCCCAGCUGUCUGGGCCCCUUCCUGGGAAGUGACCAUCUCUGACCACUCUCGUCCCUUCCCCCAGGGAAAGAGCCCACAGAGCAGGGCAUCCCCAAGCAAACAUGCUCUAUUUUCCCCUCAAGGAGGCUUCCCAUCCUCAGUUGAGUGUCAAGAAAUAUCAGUAAGUCCAUCCCAUCUCCCCAAAUGGCCAUCUUGACCUCACAGUUAGAUGGGAGCACAGGGUAUAAACACAGCUUGCCAUUCAUCUUUAAUUUGGAAACACCCAAGGCUUUGCAGUCAAGGUGCCCCUUGGUGCCAAGACAGCUCUAUUAUCCCUGGAAUUUCCUCCCCCCAGAGGCAUGGGCUCCACGGGUUAGAAUAUGGCUAUUAAAGACUGAUCAAAGGAGGUCAGGAGUUGUUUGGCCUCUGCUGACAACGGCUGAGGCCCAUUUCCUGGGAAGGCAGGACACAAUGUCCCCUGCAGUUGGCCCUCUCUCCACCUUCAGCAGAAACUUCCCAGAGGGCAGGGCAGGGGUGAGUGGUUAGGGAUCUUCAAGAGAUGGACAUCUAGGGCUGGCCUCAUUGUCUCUGUGUGUGGUAUUUCAAUCAAACACAAUCUCUUCCUGCUUUGUAUACAGCUCUGAUGUCUGACUUUCUUGCUGCGUAGACUCAUCCUGCUUCUUGAUUGGUCAGCCCUGGGUGUGUGUGUGUGUUUCUGAACUCAGGUCUAUCCUGGCUCCAAGUCCAGGGUUAUAGCUUCUGCCCUGCCAAGCUGCCCCUCACUAGGAAGUUUGUAACCUUGGGACAAGUCUUAUCUCCAACUGGAGGGUAGGAGUGGAUUCUAGGGAGCAUUAAACACUUACUAGGUAUGUU